GAGGUUGGAUGUAACCAUGCUCAAAGUCUUGGAUUUUCAACGGAUGGAUUUGCAACAACCACCACUAUGAGAAAAAUGAAUCUUAUAUGGGUGACGGCUCGUAUGCACAUUGAAAUCUUAAAAUAUCCUGCUUGGAGUGAUGUGGUUGAAAUUGAGACGUGGUGCCAAAGUGAAGGUAGAAUUGGAACCAGACGUGAUUGGAUUAUCAAAGACUAUUCCAAUGGUCAAGUUAUUGGAAGAGCUACAAGCAAGUGGGUGAUGAUGAACCAGGUCACUCGGCGGCUACAGAAAGCCAGUGAUGAAAUUCGAGAAGAAUAUUUAGUCUUCUGUCCACGAGAACCCAGAUUCUCUUUUCCAGAGAAGGACAAUGCCAGCCUGAGGAAAAUUUCAAAACUAGAAGAUCCUGCUGAGUAUUCCAGGACAGGGCUUAUGCCUAGGAGAGCUGAUCUGGACAUGAACCAGCAUGUUAAUAAUGUUACCUACAUUGGAUGGGUUCUAGAGAGCAUGCCUCAAGAUGUCAUUGACAGCCAUGAACUGCAAACGAUCACCUUAGAUUACAGACGAGAAUGCCAACAAGAUGAUAUAGUCGAUUCCCUCACAAGUCCCGAAUUGAUUGAGGAUUCUGAUGCAGUUUCAAAGAUUCAAGGAACAAAUGGGUCACCUGCAAAAGGAGACAAAGAAGACUACCGUCAAUUUUUGCACUUACUGAGAUUGUCAGGUGCUGGCUCUGAAAUAAACCGAGGUCGAACUGAGUGGAGAAAGAAAUCUGGUAGAUAAGGAAAUAGUGUAAUUUGCCCUACAUUUCCUGCUUUCAAUGUGUUUGAAAAAGUUUUCUUUGUUUCUGUUUCUUUUGCCUUUUUCACAUCAAGGGGGUUUGGCUCCGAAUCUAUGUGUCGUUAGGAAGUUUAGAGUUUAGAAUCAUCAGUAUAUUGAGUAAAAGGCAAUGCAGUUGAUUCUGGGCAUCUAUUUACUGUUGUAUCUUUACUGUUUGUAUUUUAUCGGAAGCUUUCAUAUAUAAUUUAAUGUUUCUUGUUUGAA